AUGAUUCCAUGCUGGUGCCGAGAGACUAAGCAAUAUUCUUGUGUGUUCCUGGGUUACAGGGACCCGCCUGGGUUACAGGAACCCGCCUGGGUUACAGGAACCCACCUGGGUUACAGGGACCCGCCUGGGUUACAGGGACCCGCCUGGGUUACAGGGACCCGCCUGGGUUACAGGAACCCACCUGGGUUACAGGAACCCGCCUGGGUUACAGGAACCCGCCUGGGUUACAGGAACCCGCCUGGGUUACAGGAACCCGCCUGGGUUACAGGAACCCGCCUGGGUUACAGGAACCCGCCUGGGUUACAGGAACCCGCCUGGGUUACAGGAACCCACCUGGGUUACAGGAACCCGCCUGGGUUACAGGAACCCACCUGGGUUACAGGAACCCACCUGGGUUACAGGAACCCACCUGGGUUACAGGAACCCACCUGGGUUACAGGAACCCACCUGGGUUACAGGAACCCACCUGGGUUACAGGAACCCACCUGGGUUACAGGAACCCACCUGGGUUACAGGAACCCACCUGGGUUACAGGAACCCACCUGGGUUACAGGAACCCGCCUGGGUUACAGGAACCCGCCUGGGUUACAGGAACCCACCUGGGUUACAGGAACCCGCCUGGGUUACAGGAACCCACCUGGGUUACAGGAACCCGCCUGGGUUACAGGAACCCGCCUGGGUUACAGGAACCCGCCUGGGUUACAGGAACCCGCCUGGGUUACAGGAACCCGCCUGGGUUACAGGAACCCGCCUGGGUUACAGGAACCCGCCUGGGUUACAGGGACCCGCCUGGGUUACAGGGACCCGCCUGGGUUACAGGGACCCACCUGGGUUACAGGAACCCACCUGGGUUACAGGAACCCACCUGGGUUACAGGGACCCGCCUGGGUUACAGGGACCCGCCUGGGUUACAGGGACCCGCCUGGGUUACAGGAACCCACCUGGGUUACAGGAACCCACCUGGGUUACAGGGACCCGCCUGGGUUACAGGGACCCGCCUGGGUUACAGGAACCCACCUGGGUUACAGGGACCCACCUGGGUUACAGGGACCCGCCUGGGUUACAGGAACCCACCUGGGUUACAGGGACCCACCUGGGUUACAGGGACCCACCUGGGUUACAGGGACCCGCCUGGGUUACAGGAACCCGCCUGGGUUACAGGAACCCGCCUGGGUUACAGGAACCCGCCUGGGUUACAGGGACCCACCUGGGUUACAGGGACCCGCCUGGGUUACAGGAACCCGCCUGGGUUACAGGAACCCACCUGGGUUACAGGGACCCGCCUGGGUUACAGGGACCCGCCUGGGUUACAGGAACCCGCCUGGGUUACAGGAACCCGCCUGGGUUACAGGGACCCGCCUGGGUUACAGGAACCCACCUGGGUUACAGGAACCCGCCUGGGUUACAGGGACCCGCCUGGGUUACAGGAACCCACCUGGGUUACAGGGACCCACCUGGGUUACAGGGACCCGCCUGGGUUACAGGAACCCGCCUGGGUUACAGGAACCCGCCUGGGUUACAGGAACCCGCCUGGGUUACAGGAACCCGCCUGGGUUACAGGAACCCGCCUGGGUUACAGGAACCCGCCUGGGUUACAGGAACCCGCCUGGGUUACAGGAACCCGCCUGGGUUACAGGAACCCACCUGGGUUACAGGAACCCGCCUGGGUUACAGGAACCCACCUGGGUUACAGGAACCCGCCUGGGUUACAGGAACCAACCUGGGUUACAGGAACCCACCUGGGUUACAGGAACCCACCUGGGUUACAGGAACCCGCCUGGGUUACAGGAACCCACCUGGGUUACAGGAACCCGCCUGGGUUACAGGAACCCACCUGGGUUACAGGAACCCGCCUGGGUUACAGGAACCCACCUGGGUUACAGGAACCCACCUGGGUUACAGGAACCCACCUGGGUUACAGGAACCAACCUGGGUUACAGGAACCCACCUGGGUUACAGGAACCCGCCUGGGUUACAGGAACCAACCUGGGUUACAGGAACCCACCUGGGUUACAGGAACCCACCUGGGUUACAGGAACCCACCUGGGUUACAGGAACCCGCCUGGGUUACAGGAACCCACCUGGGUUACAGGAACCCACCUGGGUUACAGGAACCCGCCUGGGUUACAGGAACCCACCUGGGUUACAGGAACCCACCUGGGUUACAGGAACCCGCCUGGGUUACAGGAACCCACCUGGGUUACAGGAACCCGCCUGGGUUACAGGAACCCACCUGGGUUACAGGAACCCACCUGGGUUACAGGAACCCGCCUGGGUUACAGGAACCCACCUGGGUUACAGGAACCCACCUGGGUUACAGGAACCCGCCUGGGUUACAGGAACCCACCUGGGUUACAGGAACCCGCCUGGGUUACAGGAACCCACCUGGGUUACAGGAACCCGCCUGGGUUACAGGAACCCACCUGGGUUACAGGAACCCACCUGGGUUACAGGAACCCGCCUGGGUUACAGGAACCCACCUGGGUUACAGGAACCCGGGUUACAGGAACCCGCCUGGGUUACAGGAACCCACCUGGGUUACAGGAACCCACCUGGGUUACAGGAACCCGCCUGGGUUACAGGAACCCGCCUGGGUUACAGGAACCCACAUGGGUUACAUCACAAGACGGUAGAACAUAA